GAAAACCACUAUGUAGAUUCAUACAGACGGUUAGGGUCCGAAUAGCGCGCCGUUUCAUAUGCACAUGUUUUGGACCAAACAGAUGACCUUCAAGGGCCUGUAUCCAGUUUGGGAAUAAUCUGGAUAUGGCCAUCAUCUUCUCGUUUCCGCAGUGAAUUAACAUCCUAUGGAGCCUGAUGCAGUCGGACUGCAUUGUGAUCUAACCUCCUGCCACGAGGUUGACUUCCUACCAAUCAAGUGCCACUGUAACAAGGUGUUUUGUAGGUACCACAUCUCCCCUGAUAAACACACUUGUGCGUCACUGGAUCAUGAUGGGCCUUCCGAGGGACGUGCCCCCGUCGUAAAACGCCAGAGAUGUGCUCUUGGAAAUUGCGAGAAACCGAGCCUUGAAAGUGCUAUCAGCCAAGAGGCUAACGUCGAAACGAAACCAACUUCAUCUACGGCAUGCCCGAAAUGCCUUCUGUCAUUUUGUAUCGAUCAUCGUCAUCCAGAUUUGCACUCAUGUACAGGUCUGCAGAAGCAGGAGUCCGAUGAGAAGAAACAUGCUCAAAGUAUCCUUGCACGCCAUUUUUCCAAUCCACCUUCACAUACUCCCCUGGCCAUUCGACGCACAGUGACGCUUCCUACGGACCCAAAGAAGUUGGCUCAGAUACAGAAAGUUACACUCAUGAAGAUGCGUCAUAGUGCUAUUGCAGGGGACCCUAGGGACAAACCAUCCACCGUACCUGUCAAUGAACGCCUGCACAUCAAAGCUCGAUUGGAGGUGACUGGGAUGCCCAUGCAAGAACGCGUACUUUGGUUCAGGAAGUCCGUGGUCACGGGCAGGGCAUUGGACCUGAUCUCGGCGAAUCUUGGGGUUCCCUCCUCGUAUCAAACACCGUUAUGCCUCAUAGAGAAAUCAGUCUCAGAUCCUUCAAGUUGCUCACCCCUCCAGAAUGAUCUGUUGUUGUCUGAGCAAGUGGAGGACACUUGUACUGUCAUGUUGUCGGCUCUUCCUUAUAGUCGAAGUGAUUGAUCACUGAAUGUCGUGAUACUCGUCUUGAUCUCAAUUUGAAUUUUACGCUGGAUUUGUCCACAAGU